CGUAAGGAAUGGUGGGAUUGAAACAAGAUGGCAGCUCGUGGUCGAGAUUACGGCAUGGCAUGACAGUUUGGACGAUUUUUCCAUCCUAGAAAGUAGAAAAUGUUAACCAUGAAUGCUUCUCGGCCUUCUGGCUUGCUUCUGAAGUCAGGUUUGCGCUUGGCGGUUUGUCCCAGGCCGGUGAGCACGAGCGCGAGGGUGUGUAAGGGGGAGGAGAAGGUGGUUCGCAAGGACAUCAGAGACAACCCCUCCAACCACCCCUACAGACCGGACUGGCAGUCAGGACAGUAUUACGACCCCAGGAAGUUCAAGAGCGAAUUCCUCAAGCCGAAAAGAGUAAAGUAUGACUAUGAAGACAUUGAGUGCCGCUUUGGGACUUGGUUCGAUCCAGAGAACAUUGGUUGGUCCACUUGGCAAUUCAAGAAGCCCUUUGACUGGAACAAUAGCCCACUGAGGGAUAAGUGGGAAGAACCAGGUCGAGAGGACAAGAACUGGCACGACAAGCCUGUCUACAUCUUCCAUCCCUUCACAAAGGUGUUGGAAGGUGAGAAACAUGGUCUGCUGCUGACCAAGUCUAAGUGGAUGCAGAAGGAAGGCGACAACGGAACCCUUCCGCAGCACAUCACAGACCUGGGCGACAGUGUAGCCAUUCCCGAUCAGGACCAGCGCGUACGGGAAGCCAUCUUGUAUGCACAUGAGCACGACACACAGGAUGCCAUGGUCAGCAGGAACCAGUCUGGACAGCACGUGCUGUCCCAGCUGCUCCACAUGUGCUCCACGCUGACCGGACAGAACCCAGAGCUGCUCGACCGGCGAGUCGUAGACGGGAUGGACGUCAAAGCAAGCUGGCAUCGCGGCGACGACCAGAUCCAGACGAAAGGAAAAAUCGGGACGAUGAUGUUAUCCAAGUCACCCUUGCCUCCGUUUGCCGGUCCUGAGGAUAUAGCGGGAACCGUUGGUGACGAGUUAGAGUCUAUCUUUCCCAUUGCUCCCAUCAUAGAUCUACGACCAGCCAACAUCUACACGACCGAGGAUCACACCGGCUUCCUGGAUGGGUACUCCUUCCCUCACGCGCACACCUUGUUUCUGCUGAACAUCGACAGAGCGGCGCGACGCAGGCACAUGAACGUCAAGAUGAUGAUGUUCGCUCACGCCAACUGCCUCGCUCGCGCGAGAAACCUGUACGGAGACGCCGAGAUGGACCUGCCGGAGCCAAUCACAGCGCAGGGCGUGGCCUUGGAGGACGGAGUCUUCCACUUCCUCGCGUACCAACUGAACACGACAAAGCUACGAGAAGAUGGCGGGGUAAAGAACAUGGUCUGGCUGGACUGCGGCAACCGUUUGUACAACUACAUGUACCUCAUGGAUCACGCGGCAAACGUGUGGCCGCUGAAGAAACGCAAGCGCUGGGUGAAGACCAACAAGAAAAGACUGGAGACUGGACUCCUUGAGUACAAUCCCGACGUCUUUAAGAAGUUUGUAGGCAUGUACAUGAAUGGAGUUGCCACUGCUCAACAGUUAUAGAGUGAGCAACAUGGAAGUAUGUUAUAAUGUGUACAUGCUGACAGAAAACUUCCUUGUGUUUUUUUAUAGACCCAAUAUAGCACACAGUAAUUUACCUGGUAAAGAUCUUUAUUGAUACAUUUGAAAUAAAAUUGAUCAUAAACUGUGCUUGACUGUAGAUGGCAAUACAGUAUCAAAAUGAGUUUUCUUUAUUUCUGUCUUUGAGAAAUAGAUUUAAAUCUCCUCA